UCAGACCGUGUGAGCUGUCAGCACAGUUAGCAUUCCGUGGGGUCCAUGAGGAGUGCGCCUCUGUAAAAUUGAAACGUGUAAACAUAUUUAGUCUUUUAUAACAACAUCAAGAUGUUUGAAGAGGCCAGCGAGGUGUUUGAGAACAUGUUCAAGUCGUCUUUCCCGUUGACGUUCAUCGUGUUUCUGCCGGCUGUGCUCAUACUCGUCUCUCCUCUACCAGCAGAAGCGGCACACGAAUUUACAGUGUACCGCAUGCAGCAGUAUGACCUGCAGGGUCAACCCUAUGGCACACGGAAUGCGAUAUUAAACACCGAGGCUCGCACGGUAGAGGCGGAAGUGCUAAGUCGCCGCUGUGUUAUCAUGCGACUCGUGGAUUUCUCUUACGAGAGAUACCAGAAAGCUCUUCGCCAGUCUGCCGGGGCUGUGGUCAUUAUCCUCCCACAGAAUAUGUCCACCAUGCCACAGGACAUCGUGCAGCAGUUUAUGGAGAUUGAGCCGGAGCUGCUAGCCACAGAGACAAUUGUCCCUGUGUACUUCGCUCUGGAGGAUGAUGAACUGCUGUCCAUAUACGAGCAGACCCUCACCUCCUCCUCCUCUCAAGGGUCAGCAUCUGCAGCAGAGGUGUUACUGCACACUGCGACUGCGAAUGGCUUUCAGAUGGUGACAAGUGGUGCUCAGAGCAAGGCAGUGAGCGACUGGGCCAUCACCAGUUUAGAGGGACGCCUAACAGGAGAGGGAGGAGAAGAUCUGCCAACAAUCGUCCUUGUGGCUCAUUAUGAUUCCUUCGGUGUGGCCCCAUGGCUGUCGUACGGUGCAGACUCAAAUGGCAGCGGGGUGUCAGUGUUGCUGGAGCUAGCCCGCCUUUUCUCCAGGCUCUACACUUACAAGAGAACACGUGCUGGGUACAACUUGCUGUUCUUUGUUUCUGGAGGUGGGAAGUUCAAUUAUCAGGGAACAAAACGUUGGCUGGAGGAGAACCUCGACCAUACAGACUCCAGUCUUCUCCAGGACAAUGUGGCUUUUGUGCUGUGUCUGGACACCUUGGGCAGUGGGGACAGCCUCCACCUCCAUGUGUCCAAGCCCCCUAAAGAAGGCAGUCCUCAGCAUGCCCUGCUGAAAGAGCUUGAAACGGUUGUUUCGGGACAGUACCCAGAGAUCAAGUUCUCCAUGGUGCACAAGAAGAUCAACCUGGCGGACGACACGCUGGCCUGGGAGCACGAGCGCUUCGGUAUCCGCCGGCUCCCCGCCUUCACGCUGUCCCACCUGGAGAGCCACCGAAGCGCGCUCAGAAGCAGCAUCAUGGACGUGCGGUCAGUAUCCUCUCCGGAUGGGGGAGGAGAAGCAACAGCCGGGCCUCAUGUGGACCUGAAGAAGCUCAGUCGCAACACUAAGAUUAUUGCAGAAGCGCUUGCUAGAGUAAUCUACAACCUCACAGAGAAGGGUGCCCCGGCAGAACUGCAGAUCUUCACUGAGCAAAUGCAGGUGCAGGAGGAUCAGCUGUCCUCGGUGGUGGACUGGCUGACCGCCCAGCCGCGCGCCGCCCAGCUGGUGGACAAGGACAGCAGCGUGGUCAGCACCCUGGAGUACCACCUGGGCCGCUACCUGAAGGACGUCAGGAAGCACAGUGUCAGAGCCGAUAAGAGAGAUCCAGAGUUUGUUUUCUAUGAUCAGCUCAAGCAGACCAUGAAUGCAUACAGGGUGAAACCGGCUAUCUUCGAUCUACUCCUGGCAGUAUGCAUAGCAGCCUACCUGGGAGUGAUUUAUUUGGCUAUCCAGCACUUCGGGGUGCUCUACGGUGUCCUGCGCAGAGUUACUCAGCCCAAAACCAAGCAGCAUUGAUGGGAACCCCUCUGCCUCAACGCUUGGUUCCUCUUCAAAGAUGUGUCAAAGAAAAGCAAAUAAGAACAUUGCAGAAGUCAGUCCAAGCAGCAGAGGUUUUCCUUCUUCAUUGCAUUCUUUCAAAUGUGUUUUUUUUUUUUUUUUUUUUUUUACCCUUUUGAGUUUGCCAAGUUUGACAUCCUGAAUUGCUUGCUGGCUGUGAGGCUAGCAACAGGUCACAAUCAUUCUUCUAAGUCUUCCCUCCCUGGCUACCUAGCACAGCCUUACCCUGCCUCACAUCUGUUACACUCUGCCCCUCGUGCCUGCCCUCUGACCCCCCCAAUACACUCUGCUCUGUCUCUCUUGCCUGCUUUCCUACCCCCAUAAAACUCUUUUCCUCCUACCCCCCUUAGCAGUCUCCACUGUAUCCCUCUUGCCCCACUAACACUCUCUACUCUGUCUCUCCUGCAUACCCUCCUACCCCCCUAUAUUCUGCCCCUCCUGCGUACCCUUCUGUCCCCUAAAUUCUGCCCCCCCUGCAUAUUGUCCCACCCCUCCAACACUCACCACUCUUGUCUCUCUGUCUCACGCGUAUCCUCACUUCCCUCUGACACUUUCCACUCUGUCCCCCUUCCUCUCGUGUCCUCUGUAACCUCUUCUAGUCAACAGUGGGCUUUUUUUUCUUUGGCAGCUAUGACAAGCCAUGAAAAGCCACACAGACAUGAAUGUAAACAGUGGUACUACUGGUGCAUUCAGUAUGUGUUUAGGCAAAUACAGGCACAACCUUCCCCAAUGCACGGGUUCAAUGAUGUUUUCUCAACCUUUUUUUUUUUUUUUUUUAAACUUUCUGCAGUGACUAACUGUCUGAUAAUGGGCAGCAGUUCCCACAAGCCAUGGCCCUUGUUGACUGAGUGAUUUACCCAAUAUUGUCUCCAUAGUUGACAAAGAAUACAUUUUUCAUGUCUGAAGUUGUCAGCAUUGACUUCCUAAAAAGUUGCACGCAUUACGCACGCGACAAGUCAUGUGUCAUACAUUCUGUUCUAUAGGCCUCCCGUGACCAAUCACACGGAUCAUCCAGUCAUGAGUUGUGUUAAUGGUCCAGUCAGCAAGGGUGCCAGGCACUGGCUAUAGUCCUACACUUUAAUGGAACUGUAAGGCCUAUGGAUUUCACUAAUUAUAAAUGACUAGAGAUUAAUAAUUGAAAAUCUUAUUUGAAUACCAUACAAAUUAUUUUUAGAUCCUUAUUAAAAAAUUAUUUUCUCUAUUAUAACCUAAAAAACGCAACCUUUACCUCAGCCUUAAAUGAAUACUUUGCAGAUUCUUGCCACAUUAAAAUUACAUGUAUGCAUGAAAAAUACAUGCAUUUAGAAUUAAAACCCAUAAAUCAAUAUGACCUCCUUUUUGACACAUUACUAUGGAAUUCUUCUUAACCAUGAUCCCAUCAUUCAUUCAUUCAUGUGCUACAGCCAAAUGUAACUCCUAUCUUCACAUAAGGUCAUAAAUGCCAAUCAGUCUGUACCUUGGAGCAUUCGGCACUUUCCACCACACUACAAACUAUUUUCUGUUUUGAUUUUCUGGUACGGUUUUACUCACACAGUUCUCAUAGUUGUUAUCUCAAAUGGAUUGUCUAUCACUGUUGUCUGCUUUCUGUUGUCUUAGUCAUAUUCAGAUUUGUGACAUUUACCUGUCGGAACCAUCUAUAUUUGGACAUUAAGAACACGGGAUAAAACUGCAUGUUUAACAUUUUGAAAUGGAUUUUAAUUCCCAGUUUCAGUUUUUUUCACUUUGAUAAAACGUUUGGAAUUUUAUUUGGUGGACAAAUGUUUGUUGAACGUGGCCUAUGGACAGAGUGUGAAAGAACACCUUACUCGGUCUUUCCUCAUCAAUGUGCGACUGCCUUUUGCUCCUUAUUUUCCCGAGCUCCACAGGAGUGAGGAGAGGUCAGGAGUUGGUUUGCUUAUCUGUAGUUUAAGGAGUGAUGCUGCAUGCCCUGGGAGCCCGGCAGAGUAGAGACUUGUCUAAUUCGAAGGGACUGACAAGCAGGGCUCUUCUAUCGACGCAAGGGAAAUGCUGUGUGGUACAUAUCCUUGAAUUUUAAUUUAUUGAAGCAGGUAAUGCUGAACUGUGCACUGAAUUUAAUCUUUUCCUUUGUUUUUCUUACAUCGAGUUAUUUUUCUCUAUUCCAUUUGCCUUCUUGUCUGAACUGUUGUGUACCUGAAUCAUGGAAU